AUGGAGGGAACUUCAUCAGUCUCCAACCCCUCUACUCUUGAUGAUCCUCAUCUCUUAGUUGAUGAUUUCUUCUUUUCAGCCUUUUAUGAUGCUGAAGAAGAAAUGUUUCCAAUUUCUGAUGAGAAAUAUGCACAAGAGUUACAGCUACAAGAAGCUCUGUUUUCCUCUGCUUUAUCAAGUGCUAGUAGAGUUAUAAAUCAAGUGGAUGAUGAUGAAAUUGUCACCAUGUCACGAACCCUUAAGGGGAAACAGAAAGAGACUGGUGAAUCAUCCCAAAUAUCCCAAAUGUACUGUACUAUUUGCAUGGAUGCUAAACCUACUGAAGAAAUGGGUGUUUUGGAGCCUCAUCAGUGUCGUUCAAUCAUUCCAGAGGAAGUGUUUGAUAGAUGGGAAAAUGUCCUUUGCGAUAAUUUGGUGCUUGUAUCACAGAAAUUUUACUGCCCCUUUAAGGAUUGUUCAGCUAUGCUGGUAAAUGAUGAUGAAGGGGAAGUUGUGACUAGUUCUGAAUGUCCACAUUGUAAUAGAUUGUUCUGUGCACAGUGUAAGGUUCCAUGGCACGGAGGAAUCGAUUGCAACGGGUUUGGGAACUUGAAAGAAGGUGUGGUUAUGAAUUUUGAUAUGGCUGUGGAUCCCCAUGGGCUCAGUCUCACUAUGCAUGUGGAUCUCAAUAAGAAUUGCAGAAUGCAAGUGAUAUGGCAAAGCGCAUCAGAAUUGUAA